GGGAAGGAGUGAGUGGGUGAGUGAGUGGCCAACCUGACCGUGGUUUUGUGUGGACUAUGUGUAGCCACCCUGUUUCCAACCGGGACCAUCAAAGGCAAUGCAAGUUCCUGUCCUACAUGUUCUACCAGGCAGUGAGGGACCGCACGCCGGUGUGGAUGCUGGAGGACAUGAGGACUAUGGAGUGCUUCUACUGGGAGGAGAAUGCCAGCCUCCGAGCUUACUCGCCCUCGGAAGCCCUGCUGUACGCAGUGGUCCAUGACCACCUGCCUUACGCCCAAUACCUGCUCUCUCGCUACCCCCUCGAGGCGCUGGAGGUGCCUGGCGACCGCUUCUGCUGUUGUCCGUCCUCGGCCCCUCACCUGACCAUGGCGGUCAGGUACGAUCGGGAGGACAUCCUGGGACUCAUCCUAAAGAUCGUCAACCGGCUGCCCGGCUUGAAGUCCUACAUCGACAGGAAGGGCUGCUUCCACGUGGAGGACGGCAAGACGCCCCUGCACCUGGCCUGCGAGCUGACCAGAGCCGAGACCGUGCUGAUGCUGCUGGGCAGCGGGGCUUCGGCCAGGAUCGCGGACAGCCAAGGGUUAACACCGCUGGACAUCAUCCUGCAGCAGAUCUGGGUGUCCAAGACCAACUCCGAGCCCAAAAAGUUGUGCGCCAAUCACCUGUUGCUCUUCAUGUCCACGCUGCAGUUUAAGAUGAAGAGAGCCCUGGAGGAGAAUGCGACGGAGUGGAAGGAGCUCCUCGGAGAGGAGCAAUACAACUACCUUAGCGGGAGAGUGCCUGCCACCCUAUCCAUGUUGGCUAUGCAGUGCAUCUUCAAAUGCCUCCCUCCAUCCAGAUUCCCCGGGAGCAUCAAAGAACUGCCAAUACCUCACUCCUUGAAGCCACUGCCUUUUGCAAAGCCAGUAAGGUUUUCUUUCUCUCGUGCCAAAACGAGCCAAAAAGGAGGCAGGAAGCACCAAAAUCCCUGAAAAGUAAAGGGAUUUUAUUUUAUUUCUUUUUUCCACCCCCCCCCAAAAAAAGCGAUGAAUUGUUACAUGACGUCCUGGAGCACGGUUGGCAUAAAACGCUAAAUAUUCCUCUAACGAUCAGUGCAUGUGUGUAGACCUAUUUUUGAUACGUAAUAAUAAUAAUCCUUGCAUUUGAUACAGCGCCUUAUCA